AUGGCGCAAGAAUCCUCGCAAGUCGCGCCCCGCUACCUGACCGGCGAUAAGGCCGGCCUCCAGGAAUUCCUAGCCAGAUUCGAUGUAUUCCUCUUCGACUGUGAUGGCGUCUUAUGGUCCGGCGACCACCUCUUCCCCGGAACAGUAGAGACACUGGAGCUUCUCCGAAAGAAUGGGAAGCAAAUCGUUUUCGUGACGAAUAACAGCACCAAGUCGCGCGCAGACUACCGCAAGAAACUCGAAGGCUUAGGGAUCCCUAGUACAGUGGAAGAGAUCUUCUCCUCCUCAUACAGCGCCUCUAUAUACAUUUCGCGCAUCCUCCAACUCCCCGAAAACAAGCGCAAAGUCUACGUGAUCGGCGAGACAGGCAUCGAGCAAGAGCUCCGCUCCGAGAAUGUCCCUUUCAUCGGCGGCACAGACCCUGCCUACCGCCGCGACGUCACGUCAGAGGACUACAACAAGAUCGCGGCGGGCGAUGAGUCCGUCCUAGACCCGGAGGUUGGUGUCGUGCUUGUCGGUCUCGACUUCCACGUGAAUUACCUCAAGAUCGCGCUGGCAUACCACUACAUCAAGCGCGGAGCGAUCUUCCUCGCCACGAACGUCGACUCCACCCUUCCGCACUCGGGGUCUUUUUUCCCUGGCGCUGGCUCCAUGAGCGCGCCGCUGAUAAUGAUGCUGAAUCAGGAACCGGUCGCUCUCGGAAAACCCAGUCAGGCUAUGAUGGAUUCCAUCGAGGGUAAGUUCAAGUUUGAUCGUAGCCGGACUUGCAUGGUUGGUGACCGUGUGAAUACCGAUAUUCGCUUUGGACUUGAGGGUAAACUUGGCGGUACGCUGGGUGUCUUGACUGGUGUCUCUUCUGAGGAGGAGUUCGUGUCUGGGGAUGUCAGGCCUCAUGCUUACUUGGAUGCGCUUUCUGAUCUACUAGCCUCGGAGGGGGCCUGA